GCCCGCAGAUUGGAUGGCCUCGUCCGUCUGUGCGGCCCCCCCACGUGAUUGGCCAGCACCUCGGAAUGGGGUGGGGCUACGUUCCCUUCGCCCCGCCCCCCGCCGCCCAGCUGAGCGCCCACGUUCCACUCGCCCCGCCCACAAGAGGGGCCGUGCGUGUCUCCGCGUUCCAUUGGCGGGCGCUGAUUGGCCGCGGCGCGCCUCGCUCCCUGCAGAAAGGGGCGGGGCGUGGGGCGGGGCCCGCAUGGAGGUGGCGGCGAUGGGCGAGUCCCGGGUCCUGUCCCGGGCCGAGGCGCUGGAGCUGGGGCCCGGCUGGAGACACGCCUGCCACGCCCUGCUCUACGCCCCCUGCCCCGGCCGCCUCUUCGGCCGCGUCCCGCUGCGCCACGCCGUGCUGAUGCAGAUGCGCUUCGACGGGCAGCUGGGGUUCCCGGGGGGGUUCGUGGACCCCCGGGACAGCUCGCUGGAGGCCGGACUGAGCCGCGAGCUGCGGGAGGAGCUGGGUCCCGGGGCGGCCCCCCUGAGCCUGGCCGAGGGCGACCAUCUCGGGGCGCGCUUCGCCGAGACGCCCCAGCGCCUGGUGGCUCAUUUCUACGCCAAGCGGCUCAGCCUGGAGCAGCUCCGGGCCCUGGAGGAGGGAGCCACGAAAGCCGCGGACCACGGGCUGGAGGUCCUGGGGCUGGUGCGCGUCCCCCUCUACACGCUGCGGGACGGGGUCGGGGGGCUCCCCACUUUCCUCUCCAACAGCUUCGUCGCCAGCGCCCGCCAGCAGCUUCUCCAGGCGCUGGGGGCCCUGGGGCUGGUGCCCGAGGCCGAGCUCCGCCGCGCCGACGCCGUGUCCCGGAAAGGACUCUGACCCCCCCCCCCGAAAAACGACUCCUGGGGGGGGGCUGGACUCCGUAUCCUGCCCCUGCCCCACACGCAGCCUGUCCUGCGCUUGGGGGAAUGGGUGCAGGGCUGGGGCUCAGAGCCCCCCAAGGGGAGCAGCCCCCCCACUCUUUGCAUGGGGGGAGGGACCCAGGUGGGGGGGAUGGCAGGACAAGGGGGAAAGCUGUGACUGGGGAGGGGUUCAGGGUUCAGCCCCCCCCAAUCCUAACGGGGGGGCUGUGAAACUCCCCUUCCAGGCAGGAAGAGGUUAAAGCAAUAAAGUUACCUCUGCGCCCCCCCCCACUCGGUUUGUGGGUGAAUCGGGGGGGGCAGGUGCCACGCACCUCCAGCCAGCGGCCGCCCCCCCCCCCCCGCACCGCGCACCUCCCCCUGCUGACCCCUGGUGUUUCUGGCGAAGUGCUGAGACAGGAGGGAAGUGAAACAGGUGGGGGGGGGGGGGACAGGCGACCCG